GAGAUGUUAAAGAGAAACACGGCCUGAAUAGCGCUUUCUUUCCCUGCUCUGGAGCGCAAGCGGCGACACCUCUUUCUCAAACUUCUGCGCCAACUUGCCCCAAACCGAUCUGUUCCAGUCUAGCGUCAUGACGCAGCUGCAGUUUAAAGAUUCUUUCUGGUGCAAAGAAAUCACCGUUCACACUGGAUAUGACGUGCUUUUGCAGCGGUUACUGGAUGGGAGGAAGAUGUGCAAAGAUGUGGAGGACUUGAUCAAACAGAGGGCGCAGGCGGAAGAACGGUAUGGGAAGGAGCUGGUUCAGAUCGCUCGGAAGGCGGGAGGCCACGCAGAAAUCAACACCCUGAAAGCUUCCUUUGAGAUUCUAAAGCAACAAAUUGAAAGCGUCGGGAAUUCUCACAUCCAGCUGGCCGCGAUGCUGCGGGAUGAGCUGAAAGGCCUUGAAGAGUUCAGAGAGAGACAGAAGGAGCAGAGGAAAAAGUACGAAAACAGCAUGGAUAGAAGCCACAAAACCAAGAUUUCGCUCUAUAAAAAAACAAUGGAGUCCAAGAAGACGUAUGAGCAGAAGUGCAAAGAGGCGGAUGAGGCCGAGUUGGCCUUUGAACGGAUCAGCGCUGUGGGCAACCAGAAACAAGCGGAAAAGAGCCAGACCAAAGCCAAGCAAUGCAAAGAAGCGGCCAAUGAAGCAGAAAGAGUGUACAAGCAGAACAUAGAACUGCUGGAUGCGGCGAGGAUUUCCUGGGAGCAAGAACACAUCAGCACGUGUGAGGCAUUCCAGCUCCAGGAAUGCGACCGGAUCACCAUCUUGCGGAAUUCCUUGUGGGUUCAUUGCAAUCAGCUUUCUAUGCAGUGUGUGAAGGAUGAUGAGAUUUAUGAAGAAGUCCGGCUGAGCUUGGAGAAUUGCGACGCGGAAGCCGAUAUGAAUUUCUUUGUUCAGAGCAAGAUGACGGGAACGGAGCCGCCAGCCGCAAUCGGAUACGAGAACUAUUACGAGAGAGUAACCCCAACCAAAAACUGUGGCAGCCCAAACCCGACUUGUGGAAUGAUGAAGAGAUUCUCCGGCUUGCUCCACGGAAAUAACCGCAGUGUCACGGACAGCGUUAUUCCUACGGCUCCCCCGGCAGAUAAAGCGGACGGCGUUUACGCGGCGAUCCCCGUGGACCGGGAAGAUGCAGCUGCUCUGCCCCAGGAGUACAGAGUCCUCUACGAUUACACAGGCCAGAACGAAGACGAACUGGAUAUCCGAGCGGGCGACGUAGUCCUCGUUACCGAAGCGGGCGAAGACGGCUGGUGGACGGCGGAACAGAACGGACAGCAAGGGUUUGUGCCAGGCUCCUACCUGGAGAAGGUUUGACGGCCCCUUCACACUU